UUGUUACACUAGUUGCUUGGGCGGUAUUUCCGCCUCCCCUUCGCCAUAGUGGAAUUAUUCCCGGGACGAAAAGAUUGAGGAAAAAGUUAUGUAGAGAACUGAACUAUUGAAAACACAAUGGAUUACGCUGUGUAAUUUAUGCAAACUCUACAUAAUGUCAUAACUCUCGUUUUACGUAUGUACAAACGUUUUCAUAGCGUCUAAGUUUUAUUCAUGUUUCCUGUGGAGUCUUUCUGGUAAGUUGCGAGUCGCAGAACAACGUCAUUAUCAAAUAAGUUAGUGCUUGUCCUCGGUACCGACAAUCGCUAUCUAGCUAAUCAAUGGAUUUAUUUUGCUUACCAAAUUAACAUGUGUAUUAUCAAGCAGGGUUCGUUAUUGUCUGGCAUUCGCGCUACUGCACUUGGAGGACAAGCUUGCUAGCUAAUUCACUCACAUCAUGCAAUUUCUGCUUUUCUAGCAGUGCUAGCUAACGUUAGUUAGCUAUGUGUAAUUAGAGUUCUGUCUAACUGAACUCGGGUAACUGUUAGCCUAGCUAACCUGCUUUAACUAGCUUAGUUGAAUAUCUAAAAUAAUUAGCACUAAUAUAAUCGUGGAAUCAGCUAAAUAGUUAGGCCUAACGUAGCUAGCAAGGUUCACUUGCAAGACGACAGAGCAUCUGAUCUUUCACUGUGACUUGCAAAUACAUAGUUGGAAGUACUGAGGUAAAGACAGUUUCAGGUUUGAUAUUCGCUCUUUCUUGAGCCACAGAAUCCAAAUUAGUGUCAUGAUGUUGUAAAAAUUGCGCACAUUGCACAGGUCUUAUUUUCACGAUUUUGACAUUAAUUCGUUUUCCAAAGCUAAUAAACGUGGAAAUGUGAGCAGCAUUUUGUAUUCCUAGUUGAAUUUGUUAGGGAGUGUAAACAAAGUACAAAGUACUUUUUUUCUUCCCAAUUUCGUGUUAUCGCGAGAGGCAAAGGUGAGAGCCGUGCGUCCUCCGAAUCACAACCCAACCAAGUCGCACUGCUUUUUUACACAAUGCCCACUUAACCUGGUAGCCAGCCGGAAACGCCUCUGACAGUGUCAGCAUGCACUGCGCCCGGCCUGCCACAGGAGUAACUAGUGCACGAUGGGACAAGGACAUCCCUGCCAGCCGAACCCUCCCCUAACCCGGACGACACUGGGCCGAUUGUGCGCCACCCCAUGGGUCUCCCGAUUGUGGCCAGCGGGUACAGAGCCUGGACUCGAACCCAGAAUCUCUAGGAGCACAGCUACAGCUUAGACCACUGCACCACUCGGGAGGCCCACAGACUUUUUGUACAUUCGAAUUUCAAUAGCUCAUUGGCCAUGGCCAUGUGACCUACUGACUUCAAGGUACAGAAUGUACACUCAGUGGGCCUACACAACCCUUUAGUUUGUCCAUUCUCACAUUUUUACAUUAAUUUUUCAACCUUUUUCUAAUUUCAAUAGUUCUUUGGUCAUGUGACCUUCUUGACUCAAACAAGGUUGAGAAUGUCCACUGACACCCUUCUAUAUUGUACACCCUUUAGUUUGUCCAUCUUCAUCUCACAUGAUUUUACAUGAAUUUUUCAAAAUGUUACAUUUCAAUAGCUCCUUGGUCAUGUGACCUACUGACCUCAAACUACUUUCAGAAUGUCCACGGACUGGCGGAGAUGGGCGCCGCGAGGCGUCCAGUGUGGUAACGUGACCAAUCUCUCCCCGGGGCUCCCGGGGUUUUCUUUGAAGGGCAGGGCGCCCUGGAAUGGGUUCUCCCCAAGAGAGGGGCCCAAGUCCUGGAAAGCGCUGCGGUUCUGGCGGCGUCCGUUGAGCUCUCGCUGGCCCUUGAAAAUCCGGAGCUUUCGCUCCGUCGCCCUUCUCUCACCACCAUUGUAAGUUUGUUGUAAGUUCAUUGUGCGGCCCAUCUCGCUGUCUCUUGUGCAUGGUCUCGCAAGGGGCUGCGUGUGGGGGUUCGUCAGGGCCGAAGGCGGACAGAUGGGGGAUUGGGUCAGGCAGUUGGUGGCGGCAACUCUGGACGUGCGCCGGGGCCUUCUCGCGGAUCUCCCCAGCUACAGUGCUCGCCGGCCCUGUUCGUGCUGGGUCUCCGGCGCCUAGCAGCUGAUUUAGAGCUGGUGCGGACCAAGGGAAUCCGUCUGCUUUAAUUAAAACAAAGCAUCGUGAAGGCCCGAGGUGGGUGUUGAUGUGAUUUCUGCCCAGUGCUCUGAAUGUCAAAGUGAAGAAAUUCAAUGAAGUGCGGGUAAACUGCGGGAGGAACAAUGACUCUCUUAAGGAGUGCUUAGCCUUAGUAAGGUAGAUAAUAAGGUAUCCCUCUAGCAGGGCUCUUCCAAUCCCUCCCUGUAUGUCACCUGUUUUCUGGUGUCGCUAAUGAUGCAAACCAAACAGGAGUUAUCUCGGUACUAGUCCGUACGCAAAGUGAGUCCUGCAGAUGGUGAUGGCUGUUGAUUGUUAACGGAAGGCGGCAGUCAGUCCUGGACUAUGGGGCUUUUGGUCAAGCAUGAAAAUGUAAGGGCGGUUCCACCAGACUCAAUGUUUUGCUGCUGGGCUCUUGUAAACGAAUCCUGACUUUGGCUUCCUGUCAAUCAGAGAAUGAUGGCUUGAACGCAUACCUGGCUUUGGCUGGGAGGGUUAGUUACGUACUGGGAGACGGCUGAUGAAAGUGUACUACUGGCAUCAGUCUGAUCACGCAGCGGCUGUGGUGAAACGUUUAAACACACGUCCCCCGUAUACUUAGCUAGCUCUAAAGCGUGAAGGUUUGAAUCGAACGCUGGUUUUGGCUGGACCCGCUAACGGUGGAGCACUAAAUGGAGAUGGAAUGUGCUUAGCGGUUAUGGACACUGCCUGGUCUCAGGUCCGCCUGGGUGCGGGACUCUACACAUUCUAUGUUGGAGCUCUCCUCCAUGCUCCUUGGAGCAUGUAGUGGAGAUUGCAUGUGCCUUACCAUUAGCUGACACUACCAAGCCUCAGGCUUGCCUCAUUGCGGGACACCACACAUUGUAGGUGGGGAGGCCUCUACUAGAGGUCGACCGAUUUAUGAUUGUUCAACGACGAUACCAACGACGAUACCAAUUAUUAUUAUUUGUAUUUCAUUAACCUUUGACUAUUGGAUGUUCUUAUAGGCACUUUAGUAUUGCCAGUGUAACAGUAUAGCUUCCAUCCCUCUCCUCGCCGCUACCUGGACUCGAACCAGGAACACAGAGUAAGGGGAACAACUACCCCAAGUCUCAGAGCGAGUGACGUUUGAAACGCUAUUCGCGCACCCCGCUAACUAGCUAGCCAUUUCACAUCGGUUACACCAGCCUAAUCUCGGGAGUUGAUAGGCUUGAAGCACAGCGAAGAGCUUCUGGCAAAACGCAGGAAAGUGCUGUUUGAAUGAAUGCUUACGAGCCUGCUGCUGCCUACCACCGCUCAGUCAGACUGCUCUAUCAAAUCAUAGACUAUUUUUUUUUUUCACCUUUAUUUAACCAGGUAGGCAAAUUGAGAACACGUUCUCAUUUACAAUUGCGACCUGGCCAAGAUAAAGCAAAGCAUAACAUGAUAACACACAGAAAUAGGAGCCUUAGGUCAUUAAUAUGGUCGAAUCCGGAAACUAUCAUCUCGAAAACAAGACAUUUAUUCUUUCAGUGAAAUACGGAACCGUUUUGUAUUUUAUCUAAUGGGUGGCAUCCAUAAGUAUAAAUAUUCCUGUUACAUUGCACAACCUUCAAUGUUAUGUCAUAAUUACGUAAAGAUUCUGGCAAAUUAGGCGGCCCAAACUGUUGCAUAUACCCUGACUGCGUGCAAUGAACGCAAGAGAAGUGACACAAUUUCACCUGGUUAAUAUUGCCUGCUAACCUGGAUUUCUUUUAGCUAAAUAUGCAGGUUUAAAAAUAUAUACUUCUAUGUAUUGAUUUUAAGAAAGGCAUUGAUGUUUAUGGUUAGGUACACAUUGGAGCAACGAUACGCUACCGCAUCGAUUAUAUGCAACACAGGACACACUAGAUAAACUAGUAAUAUCAUCAACCAUGUGUAGUUAACUAGUGAUUAUGAUUGAUUGAUUGUUUUUUUAUAAGAUAAGUUUAAUGCUAGCUAGCAACUUACCUUGGCUUCUACUGUAUUCGCGUAACAGGCAGGCUCCUCGUGGAGUGCAAUGUAAUCAGGCUGUUUGAGCGUUGGACUAGUUAACUGUAAGGUUGCAAGAUUGAAUCCCCGAGCUGACACGGUAAAAAUCUGUUGUUCUGCCCCUGAACGAGGCAGUUAACCCACCGUUCCUAGGCCGUCAUUGAAAAUAAGAAUCUGUUCUUAACUGACUUGCCUAGUUGAUAAAGAUUAAAUUAAGGUGUAAAAAAAAAUCGUCCAAAUCAGGUGCACGAGGAGGCCUUCAUCAAGGUGCGGUGCACUCAGAGUCCGAGCAGGGGCGGCCGGACUUGGGGGGGCUGGGGGCAGCACUCCGGCCAUGGAGGUUGGAGUGGGGACUUAGUCUCAGAGUGGAAAAAAGCAGGCGGGUCAUCAGGUACACAGAGCAUGUUUCGGAUUACCAGGUGCACGUGGUUGCUGACAGCGGGAAAAUAGAUGUGUUAGUGUCCUGGAGGGGGUACUUAAGUGUGGGUGCCCCAGUUCGCCUGAUGGGCAAGGUUAUGGAGAUGGCUGAGCCCCGGCCGGGGCGCGGUGAUGGGUGAUGCCCAGUGAGAGGGGUGUUGACCGGGUAGGGAGAGUAGGUGUGGAGGCCUGGAGGUCUGUAGUUCCAGGGAGUAAGCUAUACACACUCAGGCCCAGGGAGAGGGCAGGCAGGGAGUGUAGGCCUAGAGGCCUGGAGUUCAGAGAUCAAUGGGUGCCUGCCUGGAGGUCAGGAAGGCCCCAGGGGGGAUGCCCAAGUGAAUAGGUGUGUGAGUGACACUGUCCUUCAGGGGAGCAGAGCAGGCAAUUAAUGUAAAAAUGUGUGAGAUGAAAAAUGGACAAACUAAGGUGUGCAAUAUAGAAGGGUAGUCAGUGGACAUUCUGAACCUUAUUUGAGGUCAGUAGGUCACCACAUCAAGUUGUAUUUAGACCUUACAGUGAAAUGCUUACUUACAAGCCCUUAACCAACAAUGCAGUUUUAAGAAAAUCCCUAAAAAAGUAGAAGAUAGUAAUAACAAAUAAUUAAAGAGCAGCAGUAAAUAACAAAAACAUAACCAAGGAGCUAUUGAAAUGAGAAAGUUUACAAAAUGUAUCUAAAAACAUGAGGUGAGAAUGGACAAACUAAAGAGUGUGCAAUGUGUAGGCCCACUGAGUACGUGCUGAACCUUGUAUGAGGUUAGUAGUUCAUGACCGAGGAGCUAUUGAAAUGUAAAAUAAAUAAAAAAAUAUAUAUGUAAAAUCACCUGAGAUGAAAAGGGACAAACAAAAGGGUGUGCCAUAUAGAAGGGACAUUCUGAACCUUGGUUGAGGUCAGUAGGUCACAUGACCAAGGAGCUAUUGAAAUUAGAAACAUUGAAAAUUAAUAUAAAAUCGCAUGAGAUUAAAAUGGACAAACAAAAGUGUGUGCUACAUGUAAGGCUACUCAGUGGAUAUUCUGACAGCAGUUUGAGGGUUGUAGGUCACAAGACCAGAGAGCUAUUGAAAUGUUUUAUAUUUUUUAAAUUGUAAAAUCUUAUUAGAUGCAAAUUGACACAAGGGUGUGCAGUAGGCCCACUGAGUGUACAUUAUGAACCUUUUUUGAGGUGUUGGUCACAUGACCAAGGCGCUAUUGAAUUUCAAAAAUGCUAAAUUAAUUAACACGAACCAGUUUUGAAAGUUUUAGGAGUAAUGGUUAAAGAUCUAUUGACAUUUGUUGAUUUGUCACUAUGUUGACGACUCCUAACUGCUGUUGGUGGACAUAAGGAAAACUACAGGCGAAUAUCUGUGUAAUAUCUAACCUGAAUCUGUCUUUACCUCUGUGUUGGAUGUCGGGGUGUUCUGGAAUGUAGAACUAGCUAACGUUACUAUGCUGCACAUUUCAGAAACCUUGGCCUAAUGUUAGGUAAAUGCUAUUGAAUGUGUGGAGUGAUAGCAUUUAUAUGUAUGCCUCUAUCUUCUCUCCUUUCUAACUAGCUAACUUUACUGAUCUUGAAAGUUGAUUAUGAUGGUCAUCAUACACAGUCCAUUUAUUGUUUCUCGAUAGUGUGACAUGGCUUCCUGUCUUCAUUUACUCUCUAUCAUCUGCACUGAUCUGAGAAGAUGGAUAGAUGUGAGAAUAAUAGUGGAAUCGGAUGUCCUCCAAUUAAUUGGCUUUCCCCUGGCCACUUCUCUCAUAAUUAGAUGGAGAUAGCAAAGAAUACAAAUGAAAGGGAGACAGUGCCACACUGGUGAUGCUGCUUCUUUACUCAAGGUAUUCUCUCCCUAUUGUUGAUCUCUACUACAUCAAUUAUAAACCUCUAAAAACCCACCACAGUCUGCACUCGCAGUGCUUUCCUUAGCUCUGUAUCCCACACCUUUCUGAUAAAUGACUGAUUGCAGCAUAUCUAUUCUAGACCCUACUGAUCUUGUCGAGGCCUUACCUAUCACCUCUGCACCACAACUUAUCCAGUGUUGUUGUUGUCCCCUGCCCCCUCCUUCCAUAGACACAGAAUUGUGUUUAGAGUGUGAAUGAGUAUGCGAUGAUGAUAAUAUAGGAAAUAUGGUCUAUGCUCAAAUCUCUCCAUAAUCUCAGUGGAAUGCUGAAAACAUGCCAGGGAGAAAAUUACCUCUGCAGGACAGAGCUUCCUGUCUACAUAAAUGUGCUCCUCUGUGUAAAGUCAAGGUCACCCACAGAUAUGUACUGUAUAGAGACCUCUAGUGCCCAAAGCCCAUUUUAACAUGGGCAAUGCCAUUUAAGACUUUCACCAUUUUGAAGUACUCAACUGGGUGGGAAGGAUUACAAUUUCAUCUAGGUCACCAGGAGGGAUCAGCCAACUAAUUAUACUUGUGAACACACAUUCUGCCAGUGCAGCUUUCAGUAAAUUGCCAACCUUGGCUUUAUACCUGUUCAAUCAACACACUCGAAGAAGUACUAGAAGAAUAAAAUGGAGAUGGCCUCAAUGGCGCUGCCCCUGCUCUCACAGGUGCCAUAAUUGGACAGAUACAACUUUGCGAUAUCUACACAUCUCUAUGGUGUCCACAAAACUGAACUGGCCUCCAAAAGCAAAACCACCUAUUAUGUUAUGUAAUGUGCAAGUGCUCUUGUUCACCUGUCAUUUGUGUGGUCAAGCUGAUUAUGUCUCUGUCUUGCAGAUAUCACUCUGCGCUCUCCUUCUAUUCUGAUUCCCAUUCCUGAUCUCUGCACACACCUCUAUUCCGUGCACUCUCACUCUGUCUGUCUCUUUCUGUUACCCUCUCUGUUCUCCCCCCUCCCUGUGGCCAUGUGUGAUAACGGUAAUCCCGAGGACAAGCCCCCUGCCCCCCCGGUCCGGAUGAGCAGCACCAACUUCAGCACAGGCUCCAGCAAGGACCCACUCUCAGCCAAUCACAGCUCCAAACCCCUGCCCUCGGUUCCAGAGGAGAGGAAACCCCGCAACAAGAUCAUCUCCAUUUUCUCCGGCGCAGAGAAAGGUGGUAGAAAGAAAGACCGGGACAAAGAACGACCAGAGAUCUCUCCUCCUUCAGACUUUGAACACACCAUCCACGUUGGCUUUGAUGCUGUCACUGGGGAGUUCACUGGCAUGCCAGAGCAAUGGGCACGACUUCUCCAGACAUCAAACAUCACCAAGUCCGAGCAGAAGAAGAACCCACAGGCUGUUCUCGACGUGCUCAAAUUCUAUGACUCUACGGGCAACGGCCGCCAGAAAUACCUCAGUUUCUCCUCCUCUGAAAAGGAUGGUUUCCCCACAGGACCCCAGUCUCCGGUCAAAAAUGUCAUGGAACCCUUAUCGACCAAUAUCAAGGACAUUGAUGAUGAUGAUGAUGAUGAUGAAGCUCCCCCUCCCAUUGUGGCACCACGUCCAGAAUACACUAAGAGUGUGUACACUCGCUCCGUCAUUGACCCCAUCCCCGCUCUAGCCACCUGUCCAGAUGGAGACUCGGCCUCCAAGUCUGUAGACAGACAGAAGAAGAAGGGAAAGAUGUCAGACGAGGAGAUCAUGGACAAACUUAGAACUAUAGUCAGCAUUGGAGAUCCCAAAAAGAAGUACACGAGAUAUGAAAAAAUUGGACAGGGGGCUUCGGGGACAGUGUACACAGCCAUUGAUGUCGCCACAGGACAAGAGGUAGCCAUUAAACAGAUCAACCUACAGAAGCAGCCCAAGAAGGAGCUGAUCAUAAAUGAAAUUAUGGUGAUGAAAGAGUUAAAGAACCCGAAUAUUGUCAACUUCGUAGACAGUUUCCUGGUGGGAGAGGAGCUCUAUGUGGUGAUGGAGUACUUGGCUGGUGGCUCGCUGACUGAUGUGGUGACAGAGACCUGCAUGGACGAGGCUCAGAUAGCUGCUGUCUGCAGAGAGUGUUUACAAGCACUGGAGUUCCUUCAUGCGAACCAGGUCAUCCAUCGUGACAUCAAGAGUGACAACGUGCUACUGGGGAUGGAUGGCUCUGUCAAGCUCACCGAUUUUGGUUUCUGCGCCCAGAUCACACCAGAGCAGAGCAAGCGCAGCACCAUGGUGGGCACGCCUUACUGGAUGGCACCUGAAGUGGUGACCCGGAAGGCCUAUGGGCCAAAGGUUGAUAUCUGGUCCCUGGGCAUCAUGGCCAUUGAAAUGGUUGAGGGGGAGCCUCCAUACCUCAAUGAGAACCCGCUAAGAGCACUGUACCUUAUUGCUACCAAUGGCACUCCAGAGCUGCAGAACCCAGAAAAGCUGUCCACCAUCUUCAGAGACUUCCUUAACCACUGCCUAGAAAUGGAUGUGGAGAAGAGAGGCGGGGGAAAAGAUCUGCUGCAGCAUCCCUUCCUGAAGCUGGCAAAGCCCCUCUCCAGUCUUACACCUCUCAUCUUGGCUGCUAAGGAGGCCAUGAAAGGCAACCAUUAACCGAACAAACAACCAUGCCUUCCCAUGCUGUGCCAGAUUUGAGGUUUUGUGCCAGACAAUAGACUGAGUGACAACCCAACUAUAUGCUCCAGCCUGAUAAGCCCUGACAAACCUCACUGUGAAGACCAAAAACAUCCAGAGCACAACCCAUCGCUGACCAUAUGAACUCUUUGAUUCUCACUCAAACGUUUGAAGACAACUCAAAUGAAAGUGCUUAUUUUCAGAUCCAGGCUUAGUUAUUUUGUACAAGAAAAAACAAUGUUGGGGCUAGAUUUGUAUUUAACAUGGAAUUAAGAUAUCUAGUUCUUACUUUUUGGAAGAAAUAUUACUGCCUUAAACAAAUGCAAAACAUUGCCUAAUGUAUUGUUGACUGUGUCAAAUUAUUUUCCCAUAAUUGUUUUUUUCUUUGUAAUUCUUCCUUUCCAGUUUGUUAGUGUCCUCUUAGGCAUUUUGAUACUUGAAUUUCAUUUGUGUCCCCACUGUGAUCACGUUAAGGGCCUCUCGCUUAAUGAAACUGUUAUUCCCACCUGGUGCCACAUUUAAUCUUUGGUCUUUUCUCAUAUGUUAUAGGACAGACAUUUCAAAACAUUCCCAUUAUUACAGUGAAUAUGGUGAUAUGGAUGACGAUAUAGGUUGCCUCAUUUGGCAGUGCUACCAUCAUUUUCCUCCUGUGUCAUUAGUCCCUUGGUAGUAGAUGUGCACCCUUAUGUGCAAAUUCAAUUGAAGAAUGACAGGGUUUAUUCUUGCUUGGGCCAACGUUCUUUGUUCUCAUAAAAAUGUUUUGCUAUAUUGUAUAUGUCAAAUUCUGUACUUUUUGUGUAUUUAGGACUGUAGCUUAAAAAUGUGCUUGUUCAUGUGUAUAUUGUGUACCUAACUAGACGGAAAACUGGAUAUCAGGCCGGGUACCUUUUUUAUAGGCUAGAAAAGGCAAUGUAUAUUUACCGUUUCUUUUUGGAUUACUAACAAUCUGACAAUUGCCUGCAAAUUCAAAUAAAUGCAGCUGUUUGUCCUUA